UGCGGCUCGAAAGCAUCUUUGCACCAGGACUUAGAUGCAAAAGAACAAGACGUGAGACCAAAGCAAGAAAACCACCUGCAUGCCAUGGCCAAGGGCAAGGCAGGCUGCCAGCUGCACCCAGCCGACACGGGCAUGCUCGACAAGUCCAAAGAGGGCUGGCUGCCCACUGGCGCCAUGCCAGCCGCCCACCGCCCCCCCCGGUGGGCACCCCCGCGCCAAGGCAGCCUCCCUCAGGCCCUCUCGGAAGAGCAAGAAGGCGUCGGGGCUGAGGAUCAAUGACUAUGACAACCAGUGUGACGUGGUGUACAUCAGCCAGCCCAUCACCGAGUGCCAUUUCGAGGCGCAGCGCCUGGUGUCGUCGCGCAGGACGGCCAGGAAGAGCACGCGGGGCUAUUUCUUCAACGGGGAGUGCUGCGAGCUCCCCACCGUGCGCACGCUGGUGAAGAGCUCCCGCGCCGAGGAGAGGGCGAGCAGCCCGGCACUGCGGACAGAGACCCUCGUAAGUGCGAAACCACCCCUGGUGCUCUCGGUGGAGGGGUCUGCAGGGGCAGGACGGGAGGGUGAGAAAAGGGUUUCCCUGAGGCUUCUGGCUAAAGUGGCACCAGCCGGCCGAGAAACAAAGGAGAGAGCUGAGCUGGGCUCCAUGCAGCUCCGGGAAACCCGAGCACUGCGAUCAAGGGAAGCUGCUGUGGCCAUGCCGUUCUUCUCCCUCUCUGCUCCACCCAGCCCCCAGAAAGAGGACAGCUUGGCCAGCUCGCCGCCACCUGGCUCCCCUCCUGCUGAAGGAGGGGAGUCACCUCCCCUCAGUGCCACAGUGGGAGGCACUGUCACCUGGGAGGCUGGCAGUAGCCUGGGCUGCUCUGGGGAUGGCAGCAGCAGCAGCCAGGCUGCUGAUGUUGCUGCCUUUUCAGUCUCAAAAGCACACGGUGAGGAGGGAGGUUGUCCAGGCUCUGACAUACAAACUAUUCCAGACCCCCCUGCCAGUCCAGAGCCAAAGUCCUCCUCACAGCCCUCUGCUGCUACAGACACAACACCUCUGCCCUGUGAUGGUGCCAGGGAUCCUGCCCAGCUUCCAGGCUCAGGGAAUGCUGAGCUCUGUGGGCAGUGUCUGGCAGAGCCCUCCACAUGCUCUCCAGGCUCACAGGCUCCUGAUGAGCCCCCUGCCACCAUGGAUGGGAAGAGCCCCCUGGAGCCCCCUGCCACCAUGGAUGAGAAGAGCCCCCUGGAGCCCCCUGCCACCAUGGAUGAGAAGAACCCCCUGGAGCCCCCUGCCACCAUGGAUGAGAAGAACCCCCUGGAGCCCCCUGCCACCAUGGAUGAGAAGAGCCCCCUGGAGCCCCCUGCCACUUUAGAGUGUGGGGAUGUGAACAAAAGCAUCAAUGCUAAACCAGAAGCCGAAUCAUCAGUCAUGGUGGGUGACAGCCCUCUUGAGCAAGAGGAUGCUGUGCUUGUCAGCACACCCCUCCCCAAAAUCUUGGAAGUAGAAACAAUGCAGAAUAACAGCACAGCAGGUGAAAAAGAGCCCACUGAAGGGGAAAUGCCACCCGACCCAAACAGCUCAGACUCUGUCUCUUCCAAAGACAGUCUAGACAAGAAGCGCAAGAAAGGCAGGAGGGCGCUAGUGGCAUCGGACCGGUGUCUCCGAAGCCAACGAUCCCCAUCACCUGCUGAGGGCAGUGCUGAGGACUCUGGUUCUUCCAGCUCUGGGCAGCUUACUUGCCUUCAGAUCAAACUCUCCAAGAGCCCUGGUGCUAAGCGGUUCAAGAGAGAAGUGCAGCUGGAUGAGGCAGCAUCCAUGCACUUCCCCAAUGACUGCUUCCCCAAUGUGCUGCUCAAAACCAGUGAAGAGCCCGGCACUGGCCAGGCUCCAGAGAGCAUCACUGAGCAGCAGCCAGGCAAGGAGAAUGGUGUCACUACCAGACAAACCUAUAAAAGCAUCUUAGCAAAAGAGACUGCUGCAGAGGGAGAAAAUUCCUCUAAAGAUGACUCCUCUCCUAACAGCAGGCAAAGUCAACAGGGUGAGAUGCUGGAAAUCAGCAUCCAGGCUGAUUCUGAGAAGAAAAACAUUACCCUCCCUCCAGAGAAUACUGUUCCUGCGAAUGAUGCUGAGCAAGUAGAUGUGAAACCAGUCAAUGCCAGUGCAAAGGACAAGGAGAGCUCUGACAGUGUCAGGGAUCUGGGCAAGCCAGUGAACUAUGAGCUGGUGACCAAUUUGCCUCCAUGUCCCAGCAGCAGAGGUGGAAGCAAGCAUCUUCCAGCAAAAACUGCAAAGCACAAAAAUGUUGCUCUGCAGUUUUAUAACUUAAGACAUGCACCCACACCUGUAGACAGUGCAAAAAAGAACACACCAGGGAAGGAGUCUAUGCAAGCAAUCCCCAAACUGAGGGAUGAGCACAGUUCAGGGAAUGAUGACUGCCCAGCACUGGAGGACAUAGACAUGGCUGACAGCAAACCAAAGUUCAUGGAGUGGUGUGCUGAAGAGGAAAACCAGGAGCUCAUUGCUGAGUUCAACACUCAGUACAUGAAAAUCCAGAAGGGCUGGAUUCAGCUGGAGAAGGAAGUCCAGCCAACCCCCAAGGUAAAGAACAAAGCCGACAAACUGAAAGAGAUUUGGAAAAGCAAGAAAAGAACACGGAAAAGCAGAGGCUCACUGGAAGUGCAGAAGCUUUCUCCUGUGCAGAUGCUGUUUAUGAAGGCCUUUAAGCUGUCUGACAUAUGCCAGUGGUUUCUGGAGACAACUGAGACCAGGUCUCUAGUGAUUGUGAAAAAACUCAACACCCGUCUACCGGGGGAGAUUCCCCCCAUGAAAGUCCCCAUGCAGAAAUAUUCUUCCUCUAGUCUUUACCCCAGCUCACUACAAGCUGAACGUUUGAAGAAACAUCUCAAGAAGUUCGCCGCCACUACCCCGGCUCGGAAUAACCUCAAGAACCAAAAGCUUUGGGCCAAAAUUCGUGAGAAUGCGGAUAAAGCAGAGGUUGAAGAAGCCACCACUCCCAGCCAGACAUCUCCCACUGAUGCCAGCACCAAGGAGCUGAGUGAGGACAAAACCAUCCCGCCUGCCCUCAGCUUGCCCACGCAGGCCAGCACCAGGAUCCUGCGCAAGUACUCCAAUCUUCGGGGCAAGCUGCGAGCCCAGCAGCGCGUGGUGAAGGCAGAGAAGCGGAGCGAGGGCCCAGGGGACCAGCUGUCCCUGGAGAGCAAGCAGAGCCGGAAAAGUGUGUGCAUCAACCCCCUGAUGUCUCCAAAGCUGGCCUUGCAGAUCAAAGCAGCUGCCUUUCCUGCUAAAUCUCCCUCAGUGGAUGGAACGGGGAAGGGGCGAAAGGGGAAGAGCAGGUCCCAAGAGGAUCCCUUGCCCAAAGUCGACCUCCAGCUCAGCAAGAAGAAGAAGAUGCUGAAGGAGAGCGGGAGCACCCAGGAACGAUCCAGCUCUUCCACCAAGGACAAGCUGCCUGCCAAGAAGGCCAGUAAAAUAAAGCAUUCAGAGGGCAAUGUGAAAUCUCCCACCACCCGAAAGCAGACUGCCAUGGAGAGGAGCAAUAAGCUGGCCAGAAAAAUUUCUUUGAAAGAGAAGAGAGUCCCGAAAAAGCAGCUGGAGAAGCGGCUCCCCAUGCGGAAGGGCAAGGAGAACACGAGCAGACGGGCUGCGCUCCCUCCCAGUCAUGAGGAGUUGUCCAAGGCCCCAAAACAGAAGCCCCUGGGGGAGUCCUCUACACGGUCACAGAAGAUGGCCAACAAGAAGCACAGCAGUGGGAAGACCUUGACAAGGUCCAUGAAGAAGAUGCAGGAGAGCAGUGUGUCUCAGGGCAAGAGGAAGCUAAGGGCAAAAGUGGACUGUUCGCACAGCAAACGCUCGCGACUCGACCCGAAAUAGCAAAGAAAUGGUAGCCAUGUACAAAACUGAUGUAUAGUAGUAACCCUUUACCAUGCAUUAACUAAAGCUGCUUUUAUAAGCUGUAGCAAGCCUUUAAAAAUCCGCAGUUAAAGGAUAAAUACCCAUGAUUUUAGGCAUCAGCAGAUGUGUCUUGGACAGAGAAGAGGUUGGUCUGUCUGGCUCUGCUGUUCAGAAGGAAGUUUCUGUAGUUUGAACGUUCCUUGGGUUCUUUUAAACUUAGAACCAGGCAGUUUUUGUUAAAAGUACAGUGCCUUAUUUAUCACUUUAAAAAUAAAAAUAAGAAGCUCGUCUGUGUGAUUUGGAGGCUUGCGUUUUAUACUUGAGGCACAAGCACUUGUACUGUAGCAGAAAGAAAACCACCUUCGCGCACAUGAAGUAGCUUUUGUCAGCCUUUGGGUGCACACAAACAUUUCCCUUUCUUUCAGAGUCCUCCUUCUGUCUGUCUUCUUAGUGGCAUUUAAAGCAAAACCAAAACCAUUUCGCAUCACUAAGGGAGAGAAAGGCGAGUCUGUCCGUUGUCGGUUCGCUGGUAGCAGUUGCUGGUGUCCCAGCCUGUCACCUGCAUGAGAAUGUGAAGUAGCUGCUGGAGUUGUACUGCUGAUGGCUGCCUGCUCCUCGCUGCACACCCGUGGGUGGGGAGGGCCCGCUCAGGCUGGGGAGAUGCCCUGGGGGUGCCAGGUACCAGGCUGCCACACCCGCUGCUGCCGGCUGGGCAGGCUGGGCUGUAUCUGUCUUUUUUCUUGCUGGCUUCAGGGAUGAACCAUUCUUGCCAUGCUCUGCUUUUGGACAGACUUCCUUUUCCUAAUUCCCUGUCCUUGUGGUGAUUUCUGUGGUCUCUGUUGGCAAAGCUUUUCUGUAGUGCUUCACUGAAGGUUGAAUCUCUCCCUUUUUAAGGGCUUGAGUUCCUGAUGUUGGUGCUCUGCAGGAAGGGAACUAUGGCCCUCACCUUGUGCUUUUGUGCAUGCCUUGCCUAGUGCUCUCUGAAGCCAGGAUUUGCAGUUGAAAUAAGGCUGGGAUAAGGGACUGGCUUAUGUUAAUUUUUUACCAUAAUUUGCAUUUCACCCUUUUACCAGCAAGGUGCAGGAGGUUUGUCCUUGCUUGUGUCACAGAACAGGGUCAUAGUGUCUGUCUUUUCUUAGAAAAACCUGUUAGAAGUGCAUAGAGUGUGUGGCUGUGCUGGUUCUGCUGGGCAGAGAUGACCAGCAGCUAGGGAGGGCUGUGGUCUGUGCUAGGGAAAGGUCCCUGCUCAACCAUUGCAUCCCCAAGGCUUCACUUUCACAUUGCUGCAGAGUCCAUUUGCAGGAAUUCCAAUGCCAGUCUCCUUCCAGACAUAAAGCAGCAGUGCCUGUCAGGGCACUGUGUGGACCCUGAGGCUGCCAGACCUUUAACAGCUGCCUUGCUGGUCCUUGCUCAGCUGCUUGUCCCUGAUGAGAGCAAGGCUCUGGUGCAGCCCAUGAAUUCAAGAGAUGCUGGCCCCUGGAGUAGAGGCUGAAAAGGGAUUGCCUGCAAAGGGAAUUGCUUUUCAUGGUUGGCAUUGAACCCCAGAUCUCAAAGCCUGGGGGCGGGAGGUGAAAGACAGAUAAUUGUGUUAAAAUCUUUCAUUGUACCCCUUUAGUACAGAGGAUGAAACCAGGUGUUUGAUUUGCACUCCCUUCACAGAGCACCUCUGGCUCUCUUGGAGGUACUCCCUUUCCCAAGCAUUGACACUCACAAUGCUGCGGCACAUUUUUCUCUUUACUGUGAAAUGGCUGAUUUAAAAAAAAAAAUCCUCUGCCUUUCCUUUGAAUUGUGCUAGAGUAAGUUAACUCUCUGAACAGGUAGGAAGUGAUUAAAUCUAGCCUGUCAGUCCCUGUACAGAUUAAUAUGAAGCUAUCUAUUACUUUAAUUUUUACUGCAUGCAUUAAAUAUGUCAAACAUUCCAUCAGAAAAGAUUUUAAAGCGUUUCAAAAGAGGUGUAAGGCAGGAGGGCACUGAUGGCAGUUAAGUGACUGAUCUGUACCUCUUUUGCAGGGUGUCUUUCCCUCUUGCUUCUCCAUCCUUACUUUUGGUCCUUCUCCAGCCUCUGGCUGGGGCCCAGCCACAUGGGCCCAGAUUUCCUCUUCUUGCUCUGGGCCAGGUGUACAUGUGAGCACACCUCUUACCUUUGCUGCUCACGCCAUUCCCCUGUAGCAAAUCCCCUCUUCCCGUCCUUCACCAUCAGUCCUGAAGCGCCUGCACCGGUCACCGUGCACCUCCUUGAGGCUUUCCCUCUCUCUUCUCUCAUUUUUUAGCUGCUGGUAAAUGGUAAAUGCAGGCUGCCCUGCUCCCUGUCUUCUGUGCUUCUGGGAGCAGGAGUCCCAUUAGGAUAGAACCCUAUACAUAGCAAGUGGAAAGAGUCUUUCUAGAUGGGAUGCUGCUGCUCCAGUGUCCUGGAUUUCUUCCUGCACCCUGGGGCUUCACCAGCACCGACUGGCCGAAGCAUGGCAAGGUUGGGGGACAGCAGGUGUCAUUGGUGCUGGAGUGGAGCAGCUUCUGGGCAUCUGUCCCAGCUCAGUGUGCACGGCUUGGCUCAGGCAGGGUGGGAUCAGAGCACUGAGCUUCCCGGCAGUGUCCCUGACAGGCAGGGGUGACGUGUGCUCUGAGGCACAGCCCCUGCUUCAGAGCAGUCUGUUACCAAUAAAUGUGGCUCUUACAUCAAGCACGGGAUGCACAGGGAGCUGCAGAUGAGCUUAAUGAAUGGAAAAAAAUAAGCAACAUGAUUGAGUACCUUAUUCCACAUGGACAUGGAGUGUGUUUCCAUGUGCUACAGGCGCAGAGCUGCCCACUGGCACUACCACAGUGCCAUCCUCAGAUCCACAGCCUCAUUGCGCUCCUCUUCCCCUGGGCUACCCCACAGCUCCCUGCUCUGCUUCUUCAGCUCUGGAUUUCAAGAGAUACAACGCACAAAGCAGAUCUCUUUCUGUUACUUUGGCUUUUCUUGCUGGCUACUUUCUCAUCCUAUUGAAAUUAGUCUCCAUCAUGCACCCUGGUCCAUGAACGAGGAGCAGCAUCCUCUUAGCUCUGCACCUCCACAGAUGUCCUCACUGUCCCUCUGCUGCCACCCCCCUCCCUCUCAUUUGCAUGGUUACCUUAUUCUCUCUCUUGUCAUCAGCAGCUCUGGGUCUUCACACUUCACAUGUUCAGAAUCCGUCCAUUUUAAUAAAAAACCACUGAGAGGAGCUGUGUUUGCCAAGCUCAGAGUAGAAACUUAUGUUGGUGCUGUAGCAAGAGCAGUUUGAGCCCGGGAUGGCUCCUCCUACCUGUAGCUGUUAGGAUCUUGUUAAGCAAGGCCAGCCCUGGAAUGGCUUUCCCUGCUGACAGGGUGUGUGAUAUGUACCCAAGGUGUGCACAUAUUUAUAUUCAUCACUUACUCAUCCCUGGCAAGGUCCUGUUUGCCGGUGUUCUCUCUGUGCAGUGGGGUUUCUGUAGUCACCUGCCAGCAAGUCAGGGAGACAGAUCUGCAGCAAAACUUCUCUGAAGAGCUGAACCAGUCAGCGCUGGUGCUUCUGACAGACUUUCUGCUGCAUUGCUGAUCAAGGUCCAUGAGCUGUGAGAGCAGGAUGAAACUGUUCCUGCUGCUCUCUGCACCCUGUCUCUUCAGUGCUGGGGGUGCCAUGCAGGGCU